AUGAAAGAUAUUAUCGAUUCGCAUCACGUCACUUCUAAUAAGUAUAAUCCACAACAGCAUAUUGUUGUUGAAGGAAAUCAUCGAUCAUUAACACCUGAACCAAAUAAAACUCAACGACGAAGUCACGUUUCAGUAUCAUCCAAUGUUCGCUCAUCAGUUAGUGUCAGUAAAGUAAAACAUGGACCAUUUCGACGUGCCUGUCCGGCAAUGCCACGUCAAUUAGCAUUUAUUUGUUUUAUACUCAAUAUUAUUUUACCCGGAACAGGUACAUUAAUUUCAAGUUUUACCGUAUUUUGUUGUGGUAAACAUGAAUAUGAGAAGAAUAUUUUGGCAUUUUUCUAUAAUAUCUUAGCCGCUAUAUUACAAAUAGCAACAAUAUUUCUUAUUGUCGGUUGGAUAUGGUCUAUUCGAUGGGGAUUAAUAUUUAUACAAUUGGCAGAAUCAAAAAAUCCACAUACACAAACCACGCCAUUUUAUGUCAGACGUCAGAGUAGUGUUGACACUCCAAUGCAACCAUUUAUUGGUGGAAUGAUGGCUCCACGAAUACCGCCUGUUCUGGAAGACUCAAACGAACGUGACGCCAUGUGA